UCUGCCAUCUCUCUUGGUGGCUAUCUACUUUCAGCAGACUUCCCAGCUUCAUUUGAUGUUCAUAAACUGUAGGGGGAUGUCAUCAGCUGAAGGCAAGUAUAGCUUGUACAGGCAAGGCAGCUCUGGUUGGUCAACCUUGAGGAAUGAAGAAUUUCAAGAAGAAGAUGUCUGGGGUAUUCUCGGGCGAAGUAAAGAAUUGAAGAAGUCCAACUCUGAUUCCUACAGAGAAUCGUCCUCUAUGGUUUCGAGGCGCCGGCCGACUGCAUCGAGAAUGAUUCCAAAAGCCACCAGUAGUAAUUCUGGGACCGAACCCAAAAUUAUUCAACAGUCAGCCCCUGUUAACAUCCCUGAUUGGUCCAAGAUUUAUGGAAGCAGCUCCAAAAAACCAUCCAAUACUGUUUCACGGCUUGAUGAUGAUGAUGAUCACGGCAAUAGCGAUGGCGUGAUGUAUAACAGUUGGGACAGUGAUGAAGAAGAGGAAGAUGAUGGCAGUGUGGUUCCACCCCAUGAAUGGAUCGCCAGAAAGCUUGCAAGGAGUCAAAUAACCUCAUUUUCUGUGUGCGAAGGUGUUGGAAGAACACUCAAAGGUUGGUGCUGCUGUGGGUAAGAGAUUAACUGCUUGCCCUUCAAAUUAAAAGUGAACUAAUA